ACAAGAAUAUCGCUCGUGUGAACGAAUCGAUUGCUGGAAAGAUUCAAAAUGUUACAUCAAAAUACGUAUAUUCUCUUAGUGAUUCUUCACAUUGUUCGUACGUUGCAAGCGCUUUCUCAAAUAAUUAAUGUGCGCGACGCGAAAGAGUUUGAAAUCGCGCUGGACGACAUGAAUUACGACGAGGAGAGCGAAAACGAAAUGAUUCAACCGGCGGAUCUCGAAGAUCUUCUGAAACCUCUUGCGGAAGACGAGGGCAGAUACAAGCCGCUGCAUUCUCACGUAAGAUAUUACAACGAGCGUAACGCCGAAGUAGCGAAACGAUUUUCCAAUGUAUUUUCUCGUUUGCAACCACACGCGAAAGAGAUAUUCGGGAUUGAGCGAAACGAAGAACCGUUUGUUGCUGGUUUCAAGGAAGAAUUGGACGAAUACUUCUCGAGAGCCGCGACCAAGGCAGGUGCGGGUGCGAAAUCAAUUGGAAUAAAUCCCGCGAGUUCUGACAGAAACGAGAAAAGUAUGCAGAAUUUGGAAAAAAUACACAGUGAUACAAACAAUACAACAAAUAUCACAGAUCAGAGUGCGAAUGUUGUCAGAAUGAAACGUCAGGAUACGGAAGAUCGUUACGGUACGGUAUCGGACGAGAAAAUGGAUUUUUUUCAAAUACUGAGAAAUAGAACAAUUAGCGAGACGGAAUAUCUCGCGGAAACGCAAGCUGCUACGCGGUACGACGACGAGUACGAUCAAGAAAGCGCGAGCAUUGCGAACGAUACGGAUCGCGUUUCGACGACAGAAACAAGACGAUCCACUUUCGCCGACGAGGAAUCGUACGAUUACUCGAAAUUCAAAAUGGAAUACGAGCAGCAAAUAGAGGACAACGUGAAGCGCGGUAAAGCGUUGAAUUAUACGGAGAAAGAAGAAGACGCUCCGAGAAAAGCUCUAAAAAGAAUAAUGGAUUUGAAACGACCUCGGAAUUGCACCAAGGAAGAACUGAGUCAAAUCGGAGUUCGAGCAAUGGAGUGUCUCAUAUACGAUUAUCAGCGCGCGAAAGACGUGGCGGCUGUGAAGAAAAUUCUAUUGAGAACGUGGAUUGUUCUACGAGUUUGGUUGUUGAUUUAUGUUUGUCUCGCGAUACCCUGCUGGUGUCAAAGAGGAUGGUGCUGUUGGUGUUUUCGUUGCAAAUUUUGCUUUCCGCGAAAGAGGAUCUUGUUUUCCAAGCAAUAUUGCGCAAUAAAUCCGCCCGGUACUUACGUAAAGGAUUUGAAGAAACAAGAAGAUGUAAUUAAAUAUGAGGCCACUGAACACGAGCGCGACGCGUAUGAGACAUUCGAGGCUGCGAUAAAACAUAUAUGAAUUAUAUAAACCGGAAAAUGUAUAAUAGUUACGCGUCAGGCAAAGUGUUUAUUUUUACGCAUUGUUAAAAAAAAUAGAAAA